UUGUAGUCAACGUUGGAGUCAGGGAAACUGACUCAGCUUUCCUUCAGUACUUUUUCUUUCCCAUCUCCUCAACAUACGAUCAAAUCGAUAACCCUUUGAUUUAUUAUUAUUAUUUUCUAUAUCAAAUUAAUCGCUUCUGUGAUUUUUUCUUGAAAAUUCUAUAUUGGAAAUAAUGCUAGAGAAGAUCGGAUUGCCGGCAAAACCAUCACUCAGAGGGAAUAAUUGGGUGGUUGAUGCCUCACAUUGCCAAGGCUGUUCCUCUCAAUUUACCUUCAUCAAUCGCAAGCAUCAUUGCCGAAGAUGUGGGGGUAUAUUUUGCAACAGUUGUACACAGCAAAGGAUGGUGCUGCGUGGUCAAGGUGAUUCACCUGUUAGGAUUUGUGAACCAUGUAAACAACUAGAAGAGGCAGCUCGUUUUGAGUCGCGUUAUGGUAACAAAAGUAGAGCUGCGCGAGGAAGUUCUAAAUUGACCUCAAAGAACGAGGAUGAAAUUUUGAACCAGAUAUUAAGCAAUGAUGUGAUUUCCAGGACAAGUAGCAGCAGUGCUUCAUGCUCUACUACUCAACAAGUUUCCAGUCUUGAUAGUGGCGGAGAAAUAAAUAGAAGUUAUUCUGUUAAUGAUACUAAUCUUGUACAGAAUGAAAUAGGAUCGUCAAUCAGUCCUGAGGAAUUGCGAAAGCAGGCUGUAGAUGAAAAGAAGAGGUAUAAGAUUUUGAAAGGAGAGGGGAAGUCUGAGGAAGCAAUGAAAGCAUUUAAGAGAGGGAAAGAGCUCGAGAGGCAGGCUGAUGCUUUGGAGAUUUCUAUAAGGAAAAAUCGUAGGAAGGUCUUGUCUUCUGGGCAUAUGGCUGAGACCCAGAGUAAAGAUGGUUCUAAAGAAUCUGGCAGAAAAAGUAAAGGCGUCGCUCAAGUAGUUAAAGAGAAGGAUGAUCUUACUGCUGAACUAAGAGAAUUGGGUUGGACUGAUAUGGAUACCCAUGAUGCAGACAAAAGAUCAGUAGGUAUGAGUUUGGAGGGUGAACUAUCUUCUCUUCUUGGAGACACCUCUCAGAGUGCUAAUAAGGAUGUGGGGACUAGUGGCAUUGACAAGACCCAGGUUGUUGCACAUAAAAGGAAGGCUCUCACGUUAAAGCGUGAAGGAAAGCUUGCAGAAGCCAAGGAAGAAUUAAAGAAAGCUAAAAUCUUAGAAAAGCAGCUUGAAGAACAAGAACUCAUGGGUGGGACUGAAGAUUCUGAUGACGAGAUAUCUGCACUAAUCCGUAGUAUGGAUGAUGAUAAACAGGAUGAUUUGUUAGCUGGAUAUGAGCAGGAUCAUGGUUUUGAUUUCAAUCACCUCAUUGGAACAGCUGAUAAUCUUGAGGAUGAUAGAAACUUGGAAGUAACAGAUGAAGAUCUGAUGGACCCUGAAAUAGCAGCUACACUGAAAUCAUUGGGUUGGAGUGAUGAUUAUGACAAUCAGCAAAACAAUGGGGCCCAAAUUGACAAGGAAGCACUUUUAAGUGAAAUUCAUGCAUUGAAGAUGGAGGCACUUAACCACAAAAGGGCAGGUAAUGUUGCAGAGGCUAUGGCACAACUGAAGAAGGCAAAGUUACUUGAAAGGGACCUGGGAUCUCUGGAGGGUGAAAAUUACACUUUAAAAACACAAAAUUACCCAACUAUUCAUAAAGGUUCAAUUUCUCAAAAUAUUCCUGAAAAGAAAGAUGUGGGUUCUAAACUUGCACCAAAGAAUAGAUUGAUGAUCCAGAAGGAGCUUCUGGCUUUGAAAAAGAAGGCUCUCACUUUGAGAAGAGAAGGAAGAUUGGAUGAGGCUGAGGAAGAAUUAAAGAAAGGCAGGAUUUUGGAACAACAGCUUGAGGAUAUGGACAAUGCUUCAAAGGCUAAGGACACGCAGGUGACUGUUGGUAGUAAGGACCCAAAUUUGGUAGUUGAAAAUUUUGAUAUCUAUGAAAAAGUGCUGCUUGUGGAGGGGGAAGAGGAUGUGACAGAUCAAGAUAUGCGUGAUCCCACGUACAUUUCUCUUCUAAGCAACUUGGGUUGGAAAGAAGAUAAUGAGCCUGCCAGCGGUACAAUGAAACGUCCCAAUGAAAAUGGUAUUCAUUCUAUUGAAAUUGAUGAGCCCUCAGUUCUUCCCACAGGCAAUAUUUCAUCGAGGACAUCGAGAAGAACUAAAGGUGAAAUACAGAGGGAACUCUUAGCCCUGAAAAGAUCGGCUCUUGCUCUAAGGCGUGAAGGGAAGAUGGAUGAGGCAGAGGAAGUCCUUAGCUCUGCGAAGGUAUUAGAGACCCAGGUGGCAGAGGCAGAAGCAUCAUUCCCAAGAGAAAUAUUGGUUGAUUCUAACAGGUCUAAGGAUGAGGAUAAUGAGUUUGAAGAUAAUAAAAAUAAUGGGUCUGUCUGCCCUCCUUUCAGACUUUCGAAGGAAUAUGAUAAUCACUUUCUUCAAAUCAUGGAACCUUCAGUUAUUCAUAUGCCUUCAAUUGUUUCAUCAUCGACAUUGAGGAGUAAAGGUGAAAUACAGAGGGAACUCUUAGGCCUGAAGAGAAAGGCUCUUGCUCUGAGACGCGAAGGUAAGACUGAUGAGGCAGAGGAAGUGCUUAGAUCUGCAAAAGCAUUAGAAACUCAGAUAGUGGAGCUAGAAGCUUCAAAGAAAGAAAUUCAGGUUGAAUCCAACAGGGCGAAGGAUGAAAUAACUAGGGCUCCUCUUGCAAGUGCAACUGAGGAAGGAGACGCUGAUGAUGUUACAGAGGAAGAUAUGUAUGACCCUGCUUUACUCUUAACACUAAUGAAUUUGGGGUGGAAAGAUGAGUUUCAACCUGUAGCUGCAGAAGGAGAGGUGUCUAAAAAUGCUUCUGUUAGUUCCGUUUAUUCCACUCACCCAUCUGUAGUUCCAUCUUCUUCCAGCAUUUCAGCUGGGACAGCACGUGGUAAAGGAGAAGCCCGACGAAAUCAUGUGGGAGGAGAAGUUGAUCCCUUGGAUAAAAUAGUAACCCUUGGUAAUGUAGGAAAAAAACAAGGGAGUGAGUUUACUCCACCUCACCAGUCUGGAAACAUAAUGGACUUGCUGACAGGUGAUGGCAGAAAUUGUUCUCAACUAACAGCGUUAGAACCAAGAGGUAUAGUCAACUUUGGUUUGGAUGUGUCCUCCUUGCCUCAAGCUCAUGUUCAGGCUGCGACCUUGUCAAGUUCUUCUAGAAAUCUCAGAAGUAAAGAACAUAAUGUCAGCUUUGGUUCAGAUGCUUCAUGUCAGGCUCAGGGCCAUGCUCGUGUAGACUCUUUGACAAGCACUCCUGAAAAUCUAGGGACCAAGGUAAAUGUAACAACUAAAAUGAGGGAAGAAAUAGUUGCUGCAGAUGAGAAGCAGCAUACUGGCGAAACAAAUUCCCAAGGAUUGACUUCUCAAAACAACCAAAGUUCUCUUCGGCAAGAAGUUUUGGCUCGUAAGAGGAAGGCAGUUGCUUUAAAGAGAGAAGGAAAAUUGUUGGAGGCUCGAGAAGAACUUCGGCAGGCUAAGCUGCUAGAGAAGAGUUUGAAGGUAGAUACCACAGUGAUGGAACCUGGUACAUGCAAUGUGUCAACAUCUAUGUUGACUGCUCCUCCCGUUCGACAAAAAGAGCCUGGCACAUCAAAUUUGGCUACAAAAACAUUGUCUGGGCGUGAUCGUUUUAAGUUACAGCAGGAAUCUCUUAGCCACAAACGUAAAGCUCUGAAACUAAGAAGAGAAGGCCGAAUGGAAGAAGCAGAAGCCGAAUUUGAAUUGGCCAAGGCUCUUGAAGUGCAGUUGGAGGAGAUAGCUUCUCAAAGUUCUGCCAAGUCAGAACCAGCAGAUGAUGUAGUGGUUGAAGAUCUUCUUGAUCCUCAACUACUAUCAGCCCUCAGAGCUAUUGGUAUUGAAGAUGCUAAUGUUGCAUCAAAAGGGCCUGAGAGACUAGAGCCUGUGGAAGUUAUUCUUGGCAAGGGAGAAAAUGUUAUCCAGGAGAGAAUUCAGUUGGAAGAGCAGAUGAAGGCAGAGAAGGUCAAGGCAGUAAAUUUAAAACGGGCAGGGAAGCAAGCUGAGGCUUUGGAAGCAUUUAGGCGGGCUAAAUUAUUUGAAAAGAGACUAAACUCUUUGGCUUCAAGUUGAAGAAUAAAUAAUGCAACAUGAAAGGGAAGUGGUGUUUCCAGCAAUGGGCGAUAUCUUUUAUGUUUUCAGGUAACUGUCUAGGUGAUUUCACUGUGGAAACAAUAUGAAUGAACUUUUCCAAAUGCAUAAAAAUUUCCAUGAUAGAAACUAAAGUGAAACUGUACCAUUGUUCAAAAUCUUUUUGUACCUAAAAGAAUUCCAUAUUAAGAAAGAAGAUGAAGGUUCUUAUAAGAAAUCGUAUAAUACGGGCAACAUUAACUUUUAUUUGAAGUGGAAAACGAAGUUGAUGUUGUUAGCUUCAUGAUCAAAGUUGUUUGUUAGUUAUGAUGCUAUAUCACCGAGCCUUUAACACAGUAGAAAGCUUCACUAUUUUCAAGCUUAUGUUUUAUGAGCACCGAGUGAAUUGUGGGAAGAUAAGGUGUGAUGGUUGUGCAGACAAAACGAUGGAUAUACAAAUGGUUAAUAUAUCUUUAGGGAUUAUUGUGCA